AUGCCUUUGGCACCUUGCAUCACUAUGUUGACCAACGGGAUCCUGAUCACGUGCAUGGAACCGUUGACAUGGCUUCGAUUCGGUGUUUGGUCUCUCGUGGGUUUGUUGAUCUACUUUGCCUACGGGAUGUGGUUCAGCAAAGCGGAUGAGUUGACCAAAAAGUCUGACGGUGAUCUACCACCAGAUUACGGGGCCACAUUGGAUGCCAAGUCCGGACCUAACAACCCAACGGAUUUUCCAGCCGAGAAGCAAUAG